AUGGUAUGUACCAGCACAAGUUCAAAUUUUUAUUCCAUUGCUCAAUAUAUUCUACAAUCGUAUUUCAAAGUCAAUGUAGAUUCACUAAACUCUCUAAAGCUGGUGGAUUUGAUAGUGGACCAAACUUACCCUGAUUCCUUGACGCUAAGAAAGCUAAAUGAGGGAGGAACGGGACAACCGUACGAUUAUUUCAAUACAGUUUCUCGUGAUCCUGAUAUUUCCAAGUGCCCGAUAUUUGCAUUGGCCAUAUAUUUUGUUAUACGAUGGAGUCAUCCAAAUCCUCCGAUUUCAAUUGAGAAUUUCACUACAGUACCAUUACUAGAUUCGAACUUUAUUUCUUUAAAUUCCAAUCCAUUACUAUAUAUUCAAAAUCAAAACCCAAGCAGUAAUUCUAGCGUUAAGGUUUUAAGGUCACAAACGUUUGAGCCUUCUAGAGAGUUAAUUGACUUGGUGUUUCCAUGGCUGUCGUAUUUGAAGCAGGAUAUGCUUCUUAUCGAUAGAACGAAUUAUAAACUUUAUUCUCUCUGUGAAUUAUUCGAAUUCAUGGGCAGAGUGGCAAUUCAGGAUCUCCGAUACUUGAGCCAGCAUCCUUUAUUAUUACCCAAUAUUGUGACAUUCAUUUCAAAAUUCAUACCUGAGUUGUUCCAGAACCAAGAGUUUAGAGGAGUUGGGUCGAUCAGAGAUUCAAACAAUGACACUCUAAGCAAAGCCACAGAAAUAGAAAAUCAAUUUCUAAAUCCAUCUACGGAGGAAGUGAGUCAAAAAGUCGAUUCCUAUUUCAUGGAAUUGUCAAAAAAACUGACUACAGAGAACAUUAGGUUAAGCCAAGAAAUAACUCAACUAAAGUCUGAUAUGAACUCCGUCGGUAACGUUUGUAAUCAAAUUUUGCAGUUGCAGAGACAAUUACUUUCAGGAAAUCAGGCAAUUGGAUCAAAGUCGGAAAAUGGUGUCUCUUCCACAGGUGGAGGAAUAUUAAUAUUGGAUAAAAAUAGCAUCAAUUCGAAUGUACUGAGUAAUUUAGUUCAGUCGAUAGAUCCAAAUCACUCAAAAGUCAACUCUCAAAACCAAAUACAGCAAAGGGGUUUGAAAGGACAAACUCAGGGUCAGAGUCAAAAUACUGUUAGCCCUACGCUAGCGCCGAUUAACAUGUUCCCAAGUUUGAGCAAUUCUAUACAGCCGAUGUUCGGUACCUUGGCCCCACAACCGCAAGACAUAGUACAUAAGAGGAAACUGCCAUUACCAGGAUCAAUAGCGUCUGCGGCGACAGGCAGUCCCUUUUCUCCAUCACCCGUUGGUGAGUCGCCCUACAGUAAACGUUUUAAAUUGGACGAUAAACCAACUCCGUCUCAGACAGCUCUUGAUUCCUUACUUUCAAAAUCAAUCCCGAGUCCUCGAUUACCUCUUUCAACAUUGGCUAACACAGCUAUCACCGAGUCUUUUCGUUCACCUCAACAUUAUCAGCCUUCCCCAGACUUUGUAGUUGGCGGCAGCUCAAGCUCAACAGACAAUAACUCCAAGAAGGUAACUGAAGAUUCCACACUAUCCCCUUCAAAACUUGCUGAACGACCACGCCUUCCAAACAAUGACUCUACUACCAGUAUGCCAGAAAGUCCUACCGAACCACCUUGUGAUGAUGUUACUAGGGGGGAAGUACUAAUAUCUAAGACUGCAGAGCCGAAUGAUAACAGCCCAGAAUCAAAAGAUCUUGAAGAUACUAGUAAUCAUAGUAGUCCACGUGGUACUGAUACUGUGAAGCCAAUGCCCAUUUCUGCUAUUAACGGUUCUGAUGAAGCCAAAAACACAAUCAGUACAAUAAUAAAACCAGUUCCAUCGUUCCCUCAAAAUUCCUCCAAAUUUGAAAUGAUGAACAAAAAGGGCAUGAAAGCUGGACCAAACGAGGCAAUCAAGUAUAAAUUGUCCAGAGAAAACAAGACAAUUUGGGAUCUAUAUGCGGAGUGGUAUAUUGGUUUGAACGGGAAAUCUUCAAUAAAAAAAUUGAUUGAAAAUUAUGGCUGGCGAAGAUGGAAAGUCAGCGAAGAUUCGCAUUUUUUUCCAACUAGAAGAAUUAUCAUGGAUUACAUUGAAACAGAAUGCGACCGCGGUAUAAAACUCGGCAGAUUUACUAAUCCUCAACAACCGAGAGAAGAUAUAAGAAAGAUUUUGGUCGGAGAUUUAGAAAAGUUUAGGAUAAACAAUGGUUUGACUUUGAACUCUCUCUCAUUAUAUUUCAGGAACUUAACGAAAAAUAACAAGGAAAUCUGUAUUUUUGAGAACUUCAAAAAUUGGAACGUUAGAUCAAUGACCGAAGAGGAGAAACUCAAGUACUGCAAAAGACAACAUAGUACACCGUCCUAG